CUAACGUUAGACUAGCCAAGGUUGGUGCCUGGACACAUAACCUGAUGUUACCUGAGAAGUUGCGUAACUUUUUAAUGAAUUAACGGUUCGAUAGAUAGCCAGGAAGUCUCCUGUUAGCGAAACUGUGAAACGCACAGCGUAACGCUUCGAAUGACGAAAAGAUCGAUGUAACGAGUUUCUUUGUAACGUUAAGUUAACCAUGGCUGUAACCACAGCGCUGGCGCAAGUGGAUAGAGAGAAAAUCUACCAGUGGAUCAAUGAGCUGUCCAGUCCGGAGACCCGCGAGAAUGCCCUGCUGGAACUCAGCAAAAAGCGGGAGUCUGUUCCCGACCUGGCCCCAAUGCUCUGGCACUCCUGCGGAACGAUUGCAGCCCUCCUGCAGGAAAUUGUCAACAUCUAUCCCUCCAUCAACCCACCAACUCUGACAGCUCACCAGUCCAACAGAGUAUGCAACGCUUUAGCACUUCUCCAGUGUGUCGCCUCUCACCCGGAGACCAGGUCGGCUUUCCUGGCAGCACACAUCCCCCUGUUCCUCUACCCCUUCUUGCACACAGUCAGCAAAACGCGGCCUUUUGAGUACCUACGUCUGACAAGCCUGGGAGUCAUUGGGGCGUUGGUGAAAACAGAUGAGCAAGAGGUGAUCAAUUUCCUGCUUACGACAGAGAUCAUUCCCUUGUGCCUCCGAAUCAUGGAGUCGGGCAGCGAGCUCUCCAAAACGGUUGCUACUUUCAUACUGCAGAAGAUCCUGUUGGAUGAUACAGGCCUAGCGUACAUUUGCCAGACCUACGAGCGCUUCUCUCAUGUGGCCAUGAUCCUGGGGAAAAUGGUUCUGCAGCUCUCCAAAGAGCCCUCUGCACGUCUGCUGAAACACGUAGUGCGCUGUUACCUUCGCCUCUCUGACAAUGCCAGAGCAAGGGAGGCCCUGCGCCAGUGUCUGCCUGACCAGCUGAAGGACACCACAUUUGCCCAGGUACUGAAAGACGACACCACCACCAAGCGCUGGCUGGCACAGCUGGUGAAGAACCUGCAAGAGGGCCAGGUCACAGACCCCCGGGGCAUCCCGCUGCCUCCCCAGUAAACUCUGCCGAACCCUGCCUCUGUUGAACGCCACACACACACACACACACACACAAACUCCAUCUUGCACAUAAACACACAUACACACAGUGUUUCUCCAUGACGCAUGCACACAUGGACAGAGCGCGCGUGCACACGCACACAGAGGUCGAAGAUGACGAGGCAUCCUUCAGAAGGGACUGGUGGAGGACACAUAAGGGCGCUUCAAAACCAGCCUCGCCAAGACUCUUUUUAAGAAAAACAAAAGAAUGGUGCUCUGUAUUGAUUGAUUAUCAUUUCUGUUUCUCAACAAUCGGCUUAAGAGACCCCACUAAGGACUGUUUGGCUGACCAGGAGUUGGACCUCUAGUUCUUCCGAUAGUUCCGAUAGUUCUUCCGAUAGUCGGGCGGUUCACAGGUUUCUGCAGUGUGUUUCUGGAUGCUUUUACUCAAUUGUUACUGUUUUUUAAACACUCAUCAUCCCAUCACAGAGACUGUGCAGCUUGGCUGUGUCUUAGGAAUCCACAAGAAGAUGUCAUUUUUGGCUCAUCAAUAUUUUUUGUAUAGAUUGCUUUCAGACAUAUUGCCCAUAUCUGUUUCAAAUAAUAAAAAAAAGAAAACUGAAGGUUG